AUGGAAAGCAGACAAAACCUUCAAAAUUGUUCUCAACUACCAACCUCCAAGUUACAACUCUGCUUGCGCGGUGGAACAGCCGUGGUGGGGAAGGUGGUGAGAACACCGGCUAUUGAGCUUUUUGUGUACAACCUUCGUUUGAUGGGUACAGACCGAGCUAAGCGGAAAGCGAGUUCACUCGCUCUGCUUCUUAAGAAAUGCAGAAACACAGCGGUGAUGCCGUCUGGUAAUAGACAAGGAGAUAGUUUUUGA